GAAUGCGAUAUUCAAUGAUAUUUGAUACUCGUUCAGUCGUUUGAUUCCUUUCAAGAUGAGAUCGUUAUUGAUUUUAAUCACCGUGUGCUUUGUGUUGUCGUCGGCAGACUCCGCUGUAAACUGGACCGUGGAUGAUAACACACUACCAGAAUCCUUACCAGAUUUGAUGCGUGUCAAUAAUUAUAGAAAUGAAGAAAUUCAAAACGCGCUGUUUUGGGCGUAUAAAAUUCAGUACGAUGUCAUUUCAGAACAUAUCGGUCGCGUAUACGAUGCAGAAUCACCAUUAGAAUAUUUCAACGAUGUAUUGAUUUUACCUAAAACCAGAACAUCAUUAAUAAAUUCCAACUUCGUAUUCGAAAAUAAUACCGUCAGUGGUCUAAUGAGUUUAAAAAGCAAUAAUGUUAUCAUACGAUGGUCGCAAGAUCGGGUAACAACAGAUAUAACUUGGAAAGAACUACACAUUGUAGGCAGAUAUACAUUUGUAGACGAGUGGAGAUACGUAACUGGAAAAUAUAAAAUUACCGUGGAAAACGUUAUGUACCAGAACGACACGCCGUUAUCCAAAAACAUAGAGUUGUAUCCUUCUUCAGCGCCAAAUUCAGCCAUAUCUUAUAGUAAAUUUAAGACUACCUUUACUGGACACAAUUUUUCAAUUCCAGACGGAUUUUUGGCUACACGGUAUUUCUUGGAAGAAGUGGCGUUCGGACACAUCGCGGACUAUGCUCUGGAAGUGACACGGAAGAACGUGACGUCAGCUAUCAGAGCGGCCAUCCAGCCGUACGUGCAGUAUAGGAAUCGGUCAGACUCACACUUCCCACCCACUGCCGGUUGGCUGGACGACGGACGGUUCUUCGCCAUCAUUGUCCCGUUUGUCGACGGCCUGGAUAAAGCGUUGCAAAAGGUCAACUCGGUGUGGACCGAACCGAACACGGGGGCCCUGAUGGUCACCGUCGAGCACACGUUGCACAACAUCAACGGUACGUUUAAUCUGCACGUCGUCUCACGGCUGUCGGAAUUGCAGCAGCCCAGCCGCGUAAUCGAUUUUUUCAUGGACAGGGUCAGACUAAGCAUCACGUACGACGUACUUAGGCCCAACUGCCUUUGUUCAGCCAUCGUGAAGGUGUACAAGAUCACCUCGCAGCCACGUGACACUCAAGACGACACGGGACAUCUGCCAAUAGUGGCCACCGCUUUCGCCAACGCCGUCAAAGAUCACUUGUCCAACGGCUCGUGCUCGGCCAUCGCGAAAACCAACAAGUACGGUACCAACCCAUGCUAAUGAAUUUGGACACAAUUAUAAAUAACCAAAUAUUUUUAUAUAUUUUAAUUUAUUAUUAUACAUAUUUGCUAAUAUUUUUCGAUGUGAAUAUUAUAUGAAACGUAAUGUUUAGGCAAUUUUAUAAGAUGUAAUAUUAUAACGUGAUGCUUGGACCUGAACUGAGUAAGAUAUAACUAUUUAUAAUUUAUAUCAUGCGAGAAGAUAUUGAAUGAUUUAUAAAUAAAACGAACGUACGUGCA